AAGUGGUAGAACUUGAACUGAAGUGAGCACUACUUAUUGGAGAAACAAGAUUAAUUGUUCAUUCAACUUGAGCUUCUAUUGAAAGUGGUGAAAAUAAAAAUAAGAUGACGAGUUUUCUGAUUGAUUACACGAAGAAAAAUUCGGAAAAAUCGUUAGACAGAGCGCUGAAAGAACUACGUUAUAUAUGUUGUUUCACUUGCAUUGCUAAGGAAUUUGAAGAAGAAAAAGCUUGGUUGGAAGCAGAAAGGACAGCUGUUGGGCAACGUGUUAAAGUUGCAAAACGAAGAGGAGAUGAUGUUCAAGCCAUUGCUAUUUUUUGGGAAGAAGAAGCUGAUAAGAUCAUUCAAGAAGACACCAAAACAAAACAAAAAUGCUUUUUUGGAUUAUGUCCUAAUUGCAUAUGGCGAUACAGAAGGGGAAAGGAAUUGGCAAAUAAGAAGGACCAAAUAAAAAAACUUAUGAAAACCGGAAAGGAACUUACAAUUGGACUCCCUGCUCCUCUUCUAGAUGUUGAACGAUAUUCAUCCCGACACUAUAUUUCUUUUAAAAGUAGAGAAUCAAAAUGUAAAGAGCUUUUGGAUGCACUAAAAGAUGACAACAAUUAUAUAGUCGGUUUGCAAGGGAUGGGCGGCACUGGAAAGACUACAUUGGCCAAAGAAGUGGGAAAGAAACUUAAGCAAUCCAAACAAUUUACAUACAUUAUUCUUACUACAGUGUCAUUUUCUCCAAAUAUUAAAAAGAUUCAAGAUGAUAUUGCUGGACCUUUGGGAUUGACAUUUGAUGGCUGUAGUGAAUCAGACAGACCUGUAAAACUACGGAAAAGAUUAACCAAUGGUGAAAAGAUUCUUCUAAUAUUGGAUGAUGUUUGGGAAAAUAUUGAUUUUGAAGCAAUAGGGAUUCCAUAUUCAGACAUUCAUAAAGGUUGUAGAGUUCUUGCAACCUCACGUUGUAAACAAGUAUUCAACACAAUGAAUUGUGUUAAGAGAAUUGAACUGGGCCUUUUGUCAGAAGAAGAUGCAUGGAUCAUGUUUCAAAAAUAUGCCCAUACGAGUAAUGCUUGCCCAAAAAAAGUGAUUGAUAUUGGACGUGAAAUUGUAAAGGAGUGUAAACAAUUACCAGCCGCAAUUGCAAUUAUCGGCAGUAGUUUAAGAGGCCAAGAUCAACGAGUGCAUGAGUGGGAUAUGAAAUUAAAAUCCUUGAAGAAGCAUGUAUCCUAUCACGGGGUUGAUGAUGAUAUGGUUGAACUUUAUGUAUGGUUGAAGUUUAGCUAUGAUUAUAUGAAAGAUGAAAAAGCCAAGGGAUUGUUCCUCUUAUGUUUUGUAUUUGGAGAAGAUGAAGAAAUUCCUAUUGAAGUUCUAACCAGAAUUUUCAUAGGAGCGGGGUAUUUUGAGGAAGAUUAUAACACCUACAAAGGGGCUCGUGACCAUGCAGUUGUAGCCAAAAAUAAACUGCUAGAUUAUUAUUUGUUGUUUGGGGUCGGCGAAAAACAUGUAAAAAUGCAUGGUUUAGUUCGUGAUAUGGCUCAAUGGAUAAAAGGCAAGGAGAUUCAAAAGUCUUUGGUUGAAAGGAAAGUAAAUAUUCAAUAUUUACCAGGUGAAGGGAAGGACAGGAAUUUGUUAUCCGGUAAGUUUGGUGAUUCCAAACUAGAGAUUCUAUUUGUCAACGUGGAUAGAGAAGAAGAACGCAAAUGUACGGAAGCUCAAAAUUCUUUCUUUGAAAAUAUGACCCAGCUUCGAGUUUUGUGGUUUUUAGGCAAUGACUUUACACGUCUCUCAUUACCAUAUUCAAUUCAGUCAUUGACAAAUAUUCGUUCUAUAUUGGCUAAUAGUGUGGAUUUAGGAAACAUCUCUGUUUUAGGAGAACUGCAAAGCCUUGAAACUCUUGAUUUAGUUUGUUGCACAAUCAAUGAACUUCCAAAAGAUAUUGCAAAACUAAAGAAAUUUAAAUUGUUGAACCUGGAGAAUUGUGGAAUUAGAAUGGAUAACCCAUUUGAAGUUAUUAAAAGAUGCUCAUCACUUGAAGAGUUGUAUUUCAUAGAUAGUUUUAAUGGUUUUUGUGGAGAUAUAACAUUACCUCAGUUACAAAGAUAUCACAUCUGUAAAGGGGGGGCUGUAAUGGAUGAUUCUCUGACAAAAUAUGUGGUUUUUCCUACAAGUGAUGAUGCAUAUUGGUUUUCAAAACAAACACUGAAAUUUUGUAUGCAAACAGCAGAGGUUCUUCGACUAAAUGGAAUUAAGGGUAGGUGGAGAAAUCUCAUGCCUGAGAUUCUUCCUAUAAAUCUAGGUAAUGAUGAUCUCGUUGAGCUUUGUUUGAGUUAUAUUUCACAAUUACAAUACCUUGUUGACACUAUUGGUUAUCAAAUGCCAAAUGUCCUGUCCAAUUUGGUUGUACUAAAACUGGAUAGAAUGGAAAAUUUGGAAGGACUAUUCAAUGGUGCUCUUUCCUUUGACUGUUUUAAGAAUUUAAAGAAGGUGUCAAUCAAGGACUGUAAACAUCUGCGAAGCUUGUUUAAAUGCAAGCUAAAUCUCUCUGGUCUAAAGGUUCUCGAAUUGGAGGGUUGCCCAAUGUUAGUUUCCCUAUUUUCUCAAGUGUCGACUUUUAGAAGCCUGGUGCUACUAGAGACAUUGAAAAUAGCUCAUUGCGAAAGACUGGAGAACAUUAGAGAGGAGGAAUCACAAAGCAAAAUAAAUGACAGAGAUAAUAGUAACAAAUGGCAUGGCUCAAUGUUUCCAGAGCUAAAAGUCCUUGAUAUUGAAGGAUGUCCCCUAUUAGAGUCUAUGUUUCCUUUUCUCGUUGUUCAAGAUCUUCCAGUACUACAAACUCUUAAAAUUAGAAGAUGUAAUGGGUUGAGAUACAUAUUUGGCAAAUACCAACAUGUGGAAUUCCAUUCUCUAAACCAAUUGGAGCUCUGCCAUUUACCAAAAUUCAUUGAUAUGUUUUGUGAAUCUAAGCAUCCCAUAUCAUCGUCUGUGAAGGGGUCAUUGGCUGAUGUUGAUCAACCACAGGACAACUCAGUGGCACUGGCAUCAGAAUCAAAUUCAUAUCGCCUUAAUAUAUGGGAGCGUGCUCAAUGUCUUCAUAUACAAUCAAAGAUCCUUUACAAUAUUAAAAACAUUGAACUAUCUCAGUUCUCCAAGAUAAAAUCGGUAUUUAUCCUAUCCAUUGUUCCAAAACUGUCGUUGGAAAGUUUGACAAUCAGGAACUGUGAUGAAUUGGAGCACAUAAUAGACUUUGGAGAUUAUGAUACUAGCAGCAAUAAUUGGGGAAGUAUCUUCCCAAAUUUGAAAGAGCUCAACAUUGAAGGUUGCCCGCAAUUGAAAUACAUACUUGGAAGCGACACUCUCGAUCAAGAAAACGACAUUAAGAUUCUGCUUCAUCUUCCGAAAUUGGAAUUUCUAAGUCUUCGCAAUCUGCACAGUUUAGUCGCGACGUGUCCUAAAAAAUAUCAUACAACAUUUCAUCCUUCGGCAAAACUUGAACUAAUAGAAUGUCCUCUGGCUACUAUCAAAUCUAUUGGUAAUUUCAUAACGCACCCCGUGUCAGAAUCGCUCGACAGUAUAAUCAUAAAGGAAUAUGGUGAUGACCAAAGAGCCACCAUACCUUCAUGUUCAAUUUCCACAAAAGAGCCACUUGCUGGGAAAUUUGAAGGUUCUCUAAACGAUGAUGCUUUCAUGGAAGUUGAAGCAACAUCUGGAUAUGAAAUCAUCAUUGUGUCAGACGAGUUUGAAAUCAUGGAGACAAAAAAGAAACAACCAACAAAGAGAAAGCAAGAAUUUGUUGCAAACGUACCUGGAUUAGUGAUGCCUUUAGCAGCAAAUUCAAAAGGAAUCAAGUUAAUAACAUCGCCAACUCAUCAUUCAGAACAAAAUAUUUCAACGUCAGUGCCAUUAUUUAAUUAUGAGCAUAAAUCAUCUUCACAUGAGGAAUAUUGUCUUGGCCAAAUAGGCAUACCCGCCUUUUCAAUUUCCACUACAGAGCUCCUUACCAUUGAAGAUGUUGAUCGUGGAGAAUCACACGAAACAACUAAGCCUAAUAAUCAAGUUUCUCUAAACGACGACCCUUUCAUGAAAGUAAGCUCAAGUACUAAGAAAAAGAUUCCUAAGGAUGAUGAUAAAGUUAGAGUUUCAAAAUCUAGACCUUCUACUAGCAUCAUAUCACCUAUUGCACUUGAGUUUUGUUCAACACUUUCUAAAGGGGACACUUCUCAAAUAGUAGAAGAUGCAUUGAAAUUCUUUCCAAAUGCAUAGCGAAAACUAUUUUGAUACGGAAUGGUUGGAUGGUGUUGAAAUGUGCGCUUUGUUUCCCAAGUUCAAUUCUUUCAAGAUGCACUGCCUUACAAGAUGCAGUUUCUUCAAAUGUAAGCAGCAUUGAAGAAUCAAUUUGACAUGUGAUCAAAUAAGCUAACCACGAUAACUAAAUGUUAGUUAUAACAGUUAAGAAAUUGUUAGAGAUUAGUAUUCAGUAAGAGCUUGUGUAUUGUACAUAGCCGUGACUUUACUUGUACUAUAACUAACAAUUGUAUCCUCCUUUUAAAUUCA